AUAGAUACUCUUUGCCAAUUAUAUCUACCUUAAAACCAAUCAGAAUGUUCGUUAUACGUCGUAGCGCAGCCCGCCUGUAUCCCGCUGGAAUGCAGCUGGCCAAGAUGAGCGGCAGCCAGGUGGGCGACCUUGGCAGUGGCGCCGGCAGAGGUGGCGGCGGCGGCGGCUCCAUCCGCGAAGCUGGCGGAGCUUUCGGCAAACUUGAGGCUGCCCGCGAGGAGGAGUACUUCUACAAGAAGCAAAGGGAGCAGCUGGAUCGCCUGAAGAACGACCAGAUUCACCAGGCUGAGUUCCAUCAUCAGCAGAUCAAGGAGCACGAGGAGGCCAUUCAGCGUCACAAGGAGUUCCUCGACAACCUGCACAAGUGAGAUGGGAAUCUGCGGGAGAAAGUGACCACACAGAUGUGCUAACUCGAGACAUUUACUUAACUGCAUUUCACUCUCUUUUGUAUUUCCCCAACUGCUCACUGUGUACUGAUCCAAAAAAUGUUUAAUGUAUUUGAAUACCGCAUCAAUAAAACACCCAUAUUUUAAAGGCUUA